AUGGCUGACAACUCCAUGUACAUAACCACCCAUGAGGCGGCACUAGCGCUUGUGGCCACAGCCAUGAAGAAGGCCCGUCUUCGAUUUGAUACUUUGGUGGUUAACUCUCUCAUUGGUGGAAUGCUCUUUUCGGUUGGAGGGAUGUUCCAUGUUAUCAUCUACUCAAAAGUAUCCCUGACUUCUUCAGAGAUUCCAUUGUAUGCUGACCUCAUGAUAGCGGCAUGCUACCCUCUCGGGCUCUUCUACGUGGUGAUAAUGGGGGCCGAGCUCUUCAAUCUGAACAUUUUGUUUUAUAGUGUGGGAGUAAUGAGAGGUGCUGUUUCAGUGGUUGAUCUUAUAAUAUCAUGGUUGGUGAGUUGGUGGUUGAACUUGGCCGCCAACAUCUUUGUGUGUUACGUCAUCUGUUAUUUUUCAACUAUAUUUGCUACCGAAGAGGUUAUAUCCGGUUCCAGAGAACUCCUUGACUACAAGGCAUCCUUCAUGUUUCACCAAACAUUAAUUAAGGCAAUGGCAGGAAACUUCUACGUGGCCUUGGCUGUUUAUCUUCAGAUCAUGGCCAAGCCUUUGCAUGUCAAGUUCAUUUUAAUAUUCUUGCCCAUUUUCUCAUUUGUUGGUUUAGGGUUCACCCACUCUGUAGCAGAUAUGUUUGUUUUGACCAUGGGAUUGGUAAAUGGCCUGUCUCAUAGUGUUGGGGAGAUUGCUUGGAAAGUGUUUUUACCAGGGGCCCUUGGAAAUAUGAUAGGGGGUACGUUCUUUGGAAUCGUGAUACCAUGGUACUCUCAUAUCUACAGUGUUGAACAAGAUCAGAGGUUAUUGAACUUACCCCAAUACGAAUUACGGGAUGAGCAACCUGAAAUCAACUCAGAUUCUCGUGUUGUUCGUGAAAGACGGCGUGUUAGCUCUGCUAUUAUCGAUGAAAAGCCCAAGACUCAUUCAACCGAUAUUUCGGGCUCCACUAGUGUCGAGCAAUUCAGUCCUCCUCAAGGUUUGUAUGAUGAUACCAGUAUUGUGAGUGACUCUAGCCAUGCUAGAAGCUUGUCUCGUGUGGCCACAGGUGCUUCACUUCACUCCAGACACACUUCCUUACGUUCAAGGAGUCAUUCUUUCAGAUCCCCCAAAAAUGUGUUUCCAGUGUAUGGUAUGGGUGAACCACUAGAAAGGGAACGUACGAUUGCCUCAGGAAAGUACGAAGAUGCCCCAGAACCCAUGACAGAUGAUGGAGAUGUUGAAAGUGAACGGUCUGCUGAAUUUGUGGGAACUAGAAUAAAACGAAUACUUUCAAGGCCUCCGCAUACAGACCUUGAGCACCAGCGUCUGCACACCAAGUCAGUGUCUCUGAGACGCACGAAGCCAACACUCCGACAAUAUUCCAUCAGUUCUCAGCGUUCUUACCGGUCCAAUAGCAGUGCCUACAGAAACAGAAUGUACAAUGCUGGGAUUCCUCCUAGUGCCAUGGUUAACAGUGACUUUGUUGCUGGAGUUGCUAGCGGUACUCCCUCGCCAUCUUACACUCCUGUUCUUGCACCUGCCACCAGGGUGAGGAGGGCUUCGACUGAGCCUGGGUCUAUGGGAAUCAGUGGUUCAGGCUCAAUCCCCAAGCGUACAGACUCAAAUGUAUCACCGAACCAUUCCAGCGAGGACAUCACUGAUUUGUCUCGUUUGGCGUCUUUAUAG